AUGGCGAAGCCAAAGGUAGACUUAGAGAAGCGAAGGCAGCAAAAAAGAGAUUGUGAACGCAGACGUAGAGAGAAAGUAAGAAGCAAUCCAGAGCAAUAUGAAAAAGCAAAGCAACAGGAAAGAGAAAGAUAUUAUGAGCGAAAAAAACAAGGCAAAAUUAAGCUUAUUGGGGAAGUAUCCAGAAGGGAGAAAAAAAGAUUAAGAAAAAAGUGGAAAGAAUACAAACGGAGUUAUAAUACAAACAAAAAACUUGUAACCAGAGCUACGCAGAUGCUAAAAGAAAACACUCCUCCGGCAACACCUACCAGAGAUCUAAACGAAAUUGAAAAGGGUUUUAAGGAAGCGCUCAGAAACUGUAAGACAAUUAAAGGAACUGGAGAGAAAAGUAGAGGAGUACAAAAAAUUAACGCAGCGGUAUAA